GGGCGCACCCCGCGGGCGCGCAUCCAGCAACCGCAGCAGCAGCGGCAGCAGCAGCAGCGGACGGACCACCUACUCGGGCGACCUGGAGGCCGGCGGCGACCCCGCGGCCGCCAAGGGGAAGGUGCCCGACGGCGGGUGGGGGUGGGUGGUGGUGGCGGCGUCCUUCGUCAUGAGCAUGAUCGCCGACGGCAUCUCCUUCUCCUUCGGCCUGCUCUUCGUCCGCUUCCUCGCGCACUUCGAGGACAGCCGCAGCAAGACGUCGUGGAUCGGCAGCCUCUUCAUGUCGGUGCCGCUGAUGUCGGGCCCGCUGGGGUCGGCGCUGGUGGACCGGUACGGCUGCCGCACCAUGACCAUCGUGGGCGGGCUGGUGUCGGCGCUGGGCUUCGUGCUGAGCGCCGUCGCCAACUCCAUCGAGAUGCUCAUCGUUACCUUCGGCGUCAUCGCCGGCCUGGGCCUCGGCCUCUGCUACGUCACCUGCGUGGUGAGCAUCGCCUUCUGGUUCGACAAGCGGCGCGCGCUGGCCACGGGGCUGGCGGCGGCCGGCACGGGCUUCGGCACCUUCGUGUACGCGCCGCUCACCAACCUCUUCCUCGUGGAGUACGGGUGGCGCGGCGCGCUGCUGCUGCUGGCCGGCACCCUGCUGCACAUGUGCGUGUGCGGCGCCGUGAUGCGCGACCCGGACUGGUGGGUGGCGGAGCAGGCGAAACGGACGGCGCAGCGCAACGAAGAAGCGCCAAGGGACGGACGGAACCGAAGGGGACAAACAAGAGGGGGAGAGACCGGGAGGAGGAGGAGGGAACGCGGGGCGGCCGAGGCCCCGGGGCCCGGAACGAGCGUGGUCCACGGGCUCCUCGUGCGGGGGCGGUCGCGGCGCUUUCGACCGGCGGCGGCGGACGCGGCGCGACCCCGGGCCCUGGAUGGAGAGCGACCGCGACCAAUGCUCCCAAGAUGGGCCAGACUCCCCGAAGUACGAUGCUGGUUCGGCGCUGUGCGUGGCGGCCAACCGGCCACGCCCGCGCACGCCCCGCCCACUCCGCAAACGGCGGGCCUCGCACAAACGGCCCACUGCUAG